CUGUUUUCAUGUUUAUCAGUCAUAUUUAGGUUGCAUCAAUUGCUAAAUCCAUCUAAAUCAAGAAUUAAAUGAUUUAAGACUGAAUAGUUUUUGAACAAAACAAUAUACAGAGUCAUCUGAUGGAGAAUACAAUAACCAAUCCCUCUUAUAAUUUUCUCCAUUAUCUUUGCACCCUAGAGAUAUAAUCUGGAUUCAUAACCUUGUUUGUUUACCAUCCAGAAAUUUUCAACAUGAAUUUUCAAAUGGUCCAUUGUGAUGUUGACAAUCGCUUGGCCCUCUUUUGAUCCAGUAAUUUACAUUAUUAGAAGAAAAAUUAUUCCAUAAAGCAGCAUCUGUAUUUCUGUUAUUUAUGGGGUCUGCAGAUGCGACAAUUUCAGAUUCUAAAAUAGUUUCAUUUUCUACACCAUUAUUAAUUUUUUUUACUACAGAAACGAAUGGGUGCAGAAUUUGGAACAAAUUCUGUUAUAUUCAUAUUGCUAUUAGUAAUUUCAGCACUAGCAGUACUAGUAUAAUGAUUUACACACAUUAAACUUGAGCAUUUAACAGAAGUCUCCUCUGAUUCAUUAUGUUUUAAAUAGCAAGUUAAUUUUGGAAUUGUCUUUAGAGAUUCACUAAUCCUUUUCUUUUUAUCUUCUCUGAACUUUCUAUUUUGCCCUCCACUUAGUUGUUGAUGUUUCAUUUUACAUGGGUAUAAAAUUAUAUCAUUUUUUAAAUUUUAUUCUACCAUAACAAAUAAAUUUGAAUAAUUGAAAAUAAAAUUUAUAAAACAAGUAAAAUUUAUAAAAUAAAAUUUACAUUCGAAUUUGGAUGUUAACACAAAAUUUUAUAUUUGAAAAUUAGUAAGUAAAAAGAAUUGAUUUGGAACAUGCAAUUUUGUUCUUUAGGUCUGAGAUAGUCAAAAGAAAUUGUAUUUACAAGGCAGUAGGAAAUAAUUUCAUUCCUUUGUCGUACGACGUUUGUUGACAGGCCCUUCGCAGCUCUCCAUGGGUGUUUUUCAUCUUGAAAUAAUACUUAAAAACUUGCAAACUCACGUUCCGUCCCCUGAUGCUGCGUCAUUGGACUACUGCUGAUACCGGACCGGGGCGAGAGUGAUCGCAAAGAGUAUGAUACAAAUACAAAUAUGAAGAUGCGUUUUGGUUCACUUUGCGCAGGACGGGACCCGAUACGUCAUGAGUCAUGAAUUGAAGAGAAUCCUGACAUCAACAACUAGCCAGACCAGAGGACCAGCGCCUGCAAUCCCAGAGCUUCUCCGCGUGGCUUCCUCUGGCUCCCAGGUGACCUGUGGCAGGACUUCUGUUUUACCUGUGGUAAUGAAAAUGAUGCAUCAGCCUUGAAAGAAAUCGAGCAGGCUUUCCAUCGAAGCCUCUGUUGCUGUUGUUGAAACUGCAAGAAUCCUGGAGUGUUAUUCCCAUUCGAAGGCAUUGUGAUAGGUGCUGGGGAUUGAUUCAAAGAUAAUUUGGAGGCGCACGGAAGGGGAGCGGAUAAUUACAGCACAGUGAGGAAUGAGACCUUGGAGAAGCAGAACGAUGGAGCACACGUGAUUAUGGCCUUCAAGAACAUAAAACCUGAGAUGAUGAGACCUUGGCUACAUGAAGUUUUGUAGGCACCUGCGAUUCUGCUGUCUGCUCUUUGUAGCGUUUAAUCACCUGUGAAUGCUGCUUUUCCACAAGCUGUCUGUGUAUCAGUGAUGCCUCAGCUCACAGCCCGUAACCACACUGGCUGUGAAGUGUGCUUGGCAAGUUUCGGAGUUUACAGGGUCCAAGGACUAACUGACAAGGAUAUGCCUUCACAGUCCUUUAAAAAAGCACACCAUCCUCAUUCCCUGUAAAACUGAGAUGACACUAACACUGAAGCUUGCUGAGCUCUGUGUCCACUGACAACCCCAGGAGCUAGCUGUCUGAGAUUCCAACAAUGUCUCACCCAUCCUGGCUGCCACCCAAAAGCACUGGAGAGGGCCUUGGUCAUGUGCCUGCUCGGAUGGAGACCACCCAUUCCUUUGGGACCCCCAGCAUUUCGGUGUCCACACAACAGCCACCCAAGAAGUUUGCACCAGUAGUUGCUCCAAAGCCCAAGUACAACCCAUACAAGCAACCUGAAGGCGAGGGGGAUUUUCUUCCACCUCCACCUCCACCUCUGGAUGAUCCCAGUGCCCUUCCACCUGGCUCUGGAAACUUCCCUCCUCCACCACCCCUUGAGGAAGGUGCUUUCAGAGUGCAGCAGGGAAAUCCUGGAGGCAAGACCCUUGAGGAGAGGCGCUCCAGCCUGGAUGCAGAGAUUGACUCCUUGACCAGUAUCCUGGCUGACCUGGAGUGCAGCUCUCCCUACAAGCCUCGGCCUCCGCAGGGCUCUGCUAGUUCAACAGCCUCUCCACCAGUCUCCACCCCUGUCACAGGACACAAGAGAAUGGUCAUCCCAAACCAGCCUCCUCUAACAGCCACCAAAAAGUCGACCAUGAAACCGCAGCCUGCACCCCAGGCUGGACCCAUCCCGGUGGCUCCGAUUGGAACGCUCAAGCCCCAGCCUCAGCCAGUCCCAGCCUCCUACACCACGGCAUCCACCCCUUCGAGACCUGCCUUCAAUGUGCAAGUGAAGUCAGCUCAGCCCAGCUCUCAUUACAUGUCUGCGCCUUCACCAGGGCAGUUUUAUGGUGCAGGUGCAGGGCCCCAAGGCUAUAGCACUCAGCCAGUGCCGGUUCCUGGACAGUGUCCACCUCCUUCAACCCGGGGAGGCAUGGAUUAUGCGUAUAUUCCACCGCCAGGACUUCCACCCGAUCCUGGGUAUGGGUAUGCCCCCAACCAAGCACGCUAUUAUGAUGGCUGUUACCCAGGAGGAUCUGGCUAUGGGGGCAGAAACGACGCUGAUCCUGCCUAUAGUCAACAAGGUCACCAGAAUACCUGGAAGCGGGAACCAGGGUACACUCCUCCUGGAGCACCUGGAGCAGGCAACCAGAAUCCUCCUGGGAUGUAUCCGGUCCCUGGUCCCAAGAAGACCUAUAUCACGGAUCCUGUUUUAGCUCCUUGUGUACCAGCUAUGCAGCCAAAGGGUGGACACCCAGGGUCGAUGGGGCCUCCAGCUGCCCCCUCCUCAUUCCGUCCGGAAGAUGAGCUCGAGCACCUGACCAAGAAGAUGCUGUAUGACAUGGAAAAUCCACCUGCCGAUGAAUACUUUGGCCGCUGUGCUCGCUGUGGGGAAAACGUAGUUGGGGAAGGCACAGGCUGCACUGCCAUGGAUCAGGUCUUCCACGUGGAUUGUUUUACCUGCAUCAUAUGUAACAACAAGCUCCGUGGGCAGCCCUUCUAUGCGGUGGAAAAGAAAGCAUACUGUGAGCCCUGCUACAUUAAUACUCUGGAGCAGUGCAACGUGUGUUUCAAGCCCAUCAUGGAGCGGAUCCUCCGUGCCACCGGGAAGGCCUACCAUCCUCACUGUUUCACCUGUGUGAUGUGCCACCGCAGCCUAGAUGGGAUCCCAUUCACCGUGGAUGCCGGCGGGCUCAUUUACUGCAUUGAGGACUUUCACAAGAAAUUUGCCCCCCGAUGUUCUGUGUGCAAGGAACCUAUCAUGCCAGCCCCAGGCCAGGAGGAGACUGUGCGUAUUGUGGCUCUGGAUCGCGAUUUCCACGUUCACUGCUACCGGUGUGAGGAUUGUGGCGGCCUCCUGUCUGAAGGAGAUAACCAAGGCUGCUACCCACUGGAUGGACACAUCCUCUGCAAGACCUGCAACUCUGCCCGCAUCAGGGUGCUGACCGCCAAGGCUAGCACUGACCUUUAAUAGAGCCCGCCGUCCGUUUAGUGGGUUGGUGGGUGGUACCGAGAAUGAAACACUAGAAAAUGA